CUCAAUCAUAGAAAUAGUAAUCAAAUAAUUAGAAGGCGUCAAAAAAAUCAUGUCAAUAAUCGACGUCAACCUGGUCCAAUGCAAUAUGUAUUUUAUGCCAUACUUAAUACCGAUUUGCAUAUGAAUCGAGGAACAGCAGCGGCAAAUAUAGCAGUUGGUUUAAUGCUCCUUUAUAAUAUAAUAGACACUGACCAGGUGAAAUGUCAAUAUAUUGAUAGCUGGACAAAGAAUGGACAAAGAAUAGUAAUCUUGAAGGGAUAUGACCACAGACAUUUGAAAUACCUCCAACAGGAAGUAAAAUUUAUAGCACUCGGAACGUACGCAGUUCGACAAAGGUGGGGACGGAAUAAAGCAAUCAUGGUAUUAACUGUUUUUGGACAAAAAGAAGAUUUGGAAGAUGUUUUCGAAGGAUUAACAUAUGUACGAUAG